AUGGAAGUUGCCGACGAAUGGGCCGCCUCAUUUUGCCUUAUGUGUGAGCAGUCGAGCCCUGGCGGCGACUUCUGUUCUCCGUUUUGUUGUAUGACCAACUACCAGAGCACGGCAAUAUCCGACUCCGACUCCACGGGGAGCUUUGGCACCACAACAGGCUCGUCUUCUACUGCCGACAAGGGUGGUGGUCUGAAGCAGGACAUGGUUGUGUUGGCUCAAGCCAAAACCCCUGGGACAUCAUACCGGCAGGACACCAUCCGCGGCCCGAAUCCAGCGAUAUCAGACUUGGAGCACUUUCGCUUGCUUACGCCUCAGUCGCAACAUUCCCUUCCGGCAAAACCGCAUCCGCCGAGCACACUCCUGCCAUCAUGCACGGCUGGCCAAGUUAUCGAGUAUCUGGGCACCACACACCCCUAUGAAGAUAGCGGUGGGCUUCUGCAUCACGGGACAACAGCGUUCCCCUCCGACGUGACCCAGCAAGGUCCUCAAGAGACGGCUUCCUUGUUCUGUACACGCAGCGGCAUUCGGCCAGAUACAUCGACCGUGGAGCCUACUCAGAAAAGAAAGAGACCAAGCUCUCGUCCCAAAAGGCGCAAGGUAGUACAAUACAGACAGCUUCUACCAUGGGAGCGCCUUGAGCAGGCCAGGCAGAUCAGGCGUCUCGACCACUGCGACGAUCUCACAUGA